UUGUGUUUACAAAAAUGAGGAAAACAAGUCCCUGAGAGCUUACUCAUGUGGUUAAGGUUUUACACCUGGUUGGUUAAAGUCCAGGCAGAGCCUAAGAACCAGCUCGCCUGUGGCCUAAACAUGGCUAUAUAGACCAUAAAAAGCAAGUGUUAAGUGAGUUGGUGCCAAAAGUAAGUGUGGCAAAGUUCAGAAGAAAAGAUAAAAUGACUAAAAAUGUUACAUUCAAAAGGAAACAUUAAAAAUGAAUUUGAGGAUUAAUAAGAUUAAUGAUAUGCAUGGAGAAAGCAACCUCAGAUAUGCAAAUGAUACCACUCUAAUGGCAGAAAGUGAAGAGGAACUAAAGAGCCUCUUGAUGAAGGUGAAAGAGGAGAGUGAAAAAGCUGACUUAAAGCUCAACAUUCAAAAAACUAAGAUCAUGGCAUAAAGUCCCAUCACUUCAUGGCAAGUAGAAGGGGGAAAAGUGGAAGUAGUGACAGAUUUUAUUUUCCUGUGCUCCAAAAUCACUGUGGAUGUUGACUACAGCUAUGAAAUUAAAAGACCUUACUCCUUGAAAGGAAAGCUAUGACAAAGCUAGACAGCAAAGACAUCACUUUGCCGAUAAAGGUCCAUAAAGUCAAAGCUACGGUCUUUCCAGUAGUCAUGUAUGGAUGUGAGAGUUGUACCAUAAACAAGGCUGGGUGCCAAAGAAUUGAUGCUUUCGAACUGUGGUGCUAGAGAAGAAUCUUGAGAGUCCCUUGGACUGCCAGGAGAUCAAACCAGUCAAUCCUAAAGGAAGUCAACCCUGAAUAUUCAUUGGAAGGACUGAUGCUGAAGCUGAAACUCCAAUCCUUUGGCCACCUGAUGUGAAGAGAGCCAGCUCAUUGGGAAAGACCCUGAUACUGGGAAAGAUUGAAAGCAAAAGGAGAAGGGACUGAUAGCAGAUGAGACAGUUAGAUAGCAUCACUAACUCAAUGGAAAUGAACUUGAGCAAUGGAGGACAGAGGAGUGUGGUGUGCUAGUCCAUGAGGUUGCAAAAGACUCAGACGUGACUUAGCUACUGAAAAACAACAAGAUUAAUAAUAGGAUUAACAGCUACCAAACUAAUAUUCUGCUGGAAAAGAUUCUUUUUACAAGCCAUUCUUCUUGUGUCUUUUCUUUUUGCCUUGAAUUAGGCAUUAAAUUUUAAAAUAUUUUAUUUUUUCCCACAAUUAAGAUAGCUACACUGAAUCUAAUUUCUUUUUUUCUUUUUAAUAGUCUAUAUGAUUUCAGGUUUCAUUUCUGACAGCUCAGUUGUAUGCUAAAAACGUCUUUUAGCAUAUAGAAGUUUAAGUGUGUAGUUGGAAGGUAGAAGAUAGAAAAGAGCUUAUAUUUAGUGAAAAUGUUUCUAACUUUGGAGGAGAGGAUAAAAAGGAGUCACUAUCAAAUUUAAAAGUAUUUCUAAAUGGACUAUUUUUCAUACUUUUCAAAUGCAUUCUGAGAAGACGUUGAAAUCUAUAUUUCAAUGGCAAUGUUAUGCUAAUGUGGAAUACUUAUUAUGUAGAUCUACUUGCUUUCUUUCCAGCACUUGAUUUUUGUUACAAAAAAGUCAAUAGAGUUGACCCUUAGCCAACCAAGGCAGUUGCAGUAGCUAAUAGCUUUUCCCUGUUCUGCUUCUGAAUACCCAGUGAGAGACAUUGCUGAUGGUUGAACCUGGUGUUUCCUUAAAUUGUCGAAUAAAAAUAGCUGAGUGACAUUCCCUCUCCUCAACCCAGAUCUCCUGGAUCAGUAUCUCCAGGGGAAGUCUAAAACUAUAUUUUUAAUGAAUGUUUCGGUUAAUUCUUGAUCUUACUCAUUUGGAAAACACAAGCUCCCACUUAAAAGCUACCCGAAUAACAUUUGAGGAUAGAGGCUAUCUUUGUGAUCUAUUGCUUUGAGCCACAUCAGUGAGCAAAAAUGUGGACUAAUGUGGUCCAAGAGCAGCCUCAGUAGGGCUAGGGUGAGGUAGACUGAUCAGCCCAGAAACAGGCCUGUAUGUCAACACUGUUUGAAGAAUGGGAAGAGGGAGGGAGAACUGUGAAGGUUAAAUAGAUGGAUUUACAUAUCCCCAGUUAAUGUCUUCACUAACGAAGCCAAAUUAAACUUAGCAUUUUGGGCCCUUUAAUCAGUGAAAUUAAUCAAGAUAGGUCACUGCCAGAUGACAGAGCAGGAUAUCAGAUUUUUCUUUGGUGCUCAGAAAUGUAGUUCAGUUGCUGAUCAUCCAGAUACAGCUUUGGUUUGCUUUUGUAAAUGAAUAUAGGAUGUACGUAGUGGUGGUGGUGGUUUAGUCGCUAAGUUGUGUCAGACUCUUGCAACCCCAUGGGCCUUCUCUGUCUGUGGAAUUCUCCAGGCAAGAAUACUGGAGUGGUUUGCCAUUCCCUUCUCCAGUGGAUCUUCCUGACCCAGGGAUCAAACCCUGGUCUCCUGGGUUGCAGGCAGAUUCUUUACUGACUAAGCUACCAGGGAAGCCCUGAUUAUAUGUAGGCUUUGAUGUAAAUAAAUAUGGGCCCAUGUGCCUAAUGGCACCUGUGGAAUGGGCCUUGGGUAUAAAACCGAGUGUAAUAGACAAUAUGACAAAGAUGAAUUUUGUGUUUACAAAGUUAAGAGGAAAUUCAUCAGCCAACAUUUAUUGAGUGCCUCUGAGGUAUGCGCUCAGAGUCAUAAGAAACCACACACAUUUAAAUCUGCCAGACAGAGCACAAGGAAGCAAACCAGUGUACAGUGUGUUGGAAGGCUGGGAAAGAGAUUUGGCCUGCCCUCAUUCUCCCAUGGCCCUGGUACAAAAGAUGGAGGGUCAGGCGUGGCUCCUGGAGGAGCCAGCUGUCCCACAGACUCUCCUCUCUCUUUGUACACACACAUCCUUUUAAAAACUUUUGUUCAAUUAGAAAUACAUACAGAAAAAUAUACAAGGCCUAAGUGUGUAGCUUGAUGCGUGUACACAAAGUCAAUCCGCCCACAUACACAUCACUCAAAUCCAGAACGUUCCCAAUGCCUAAAGGCCCCAUCAUUUACCCCCAUCAGUAAGUAAUCCCUCCUCCUUCUCCAAGGGUAACCCCCAUUGCAACUUCUAACACCAUAAGUUAGUUUUGCCUUCUCUUGAACAUCAGCUAAAUUAAAUUACUCAGUGUAUUUUUUUUUGGUGUCUGACUUCUUUCACUCAGCAGUGUGUCUUUGUGAAAUGAAUCCAUGUUAUUUGCCCAAAGUAGUAAUUCAGUAAUUCUCACUGCUGUGUAGUAUUUUCUUCUGUAAGUUUGCCUCAGUUUACUUCAUUUUAUUGUUCAUGGUCACUUGGGUUAUUUCUAGUGUUCUGUUCAAUUCAGUUCAGCUGCUCAGUCGUGUCUGACUCUUUGCAACCCCAUGGACUGCAGCACGCCAGGCUUCCCAGUCCAUCACCAACUCCCGGAGUUUACUCAAACUCAUAUCCACUAAGUCAGUGAUGCCAUCCAACCAUCUCAUCCUCUGUCAUCCCCUUCUCCUCCCACCUUCAGUCUUUCCCAGCAUCAGGAUCUUUUCCAGUAAGUCAGUUCUUCGCAUCAGGUGGCCAAAGUAUUGGAGUUUCAGCUCCAACAUCAGUCCCUCCAAUGAACACCUAGGACUGACCUCCUUUGGGAUGGACUGGUUGGAUCUCCUUGCAGUCCAAGAGACCCUCAAGAGUCUUCUCCAAUACCACAGUUCAAAAGAUCAGUUCUUCGGUGCUCAGCUUUCUUUAUAUUCCAACUCUCACAUCCAUACAUGACCACUGGAAAAACCAUAGCCUUGACUAGACAGACCUUUGUUGACAAAGUAAUAUCUCUGCUUUUUAAUAUGCUGUCUAGGUUGGUCAUAACUUUCCUUCCAAGGAGCAAGCGUCUUUUAAUUUCAUGGCUGCAAUCGCCAUCUGCAGGGGAGGCUACUGUUAGCAAAUUGCACAUUUGCCAUCAUCGGUUGAUCCAGUUGAGCCCCUCUGUGUGGGCUCACUUCUGUACACCAUCCUUUCUGCUAGGGCAGCUUCCAUUCUUUAAACUACUCCCUGAAGCAGCCCUCAGCUGGAAGGGGAUCAGGAACAAAGCCUCUGUUCCCCCUACAAGAGCAAUGUGAGCUAAAUAGAGUUUUGGCCAGCCUCAGCGUGUGCCCACCCGGGGUGAGUCCUGGACAGCUGCACCCCGUGAGAGGUCACCAAAAACACUUGUAGUAAAACACCCAGGUAUUUCAUGGAAGUUGAGCUGUUUUCCCCAACAGCAAUGGCAGUCAGUCAGGGCCACCACACAGUCAUUUCAAAUUGCCAGUCCUCCAGGGAUGAAUGAAAGAGUGAAUUCAAGUUAUGAAUGGUGCGAACGGGGUGGAAUUGUCUAAUGGGCAAGAAUGUGGGCUCUAUAAAAGGAGUGGAUUAUCUGCAGGAAGAAAUGACUGUCAACAGAAAUGCUCUGACCUACUUGCCUAUUCAUUAGCGAGCAUUUCUGUUUUGUUGAUGCCCUUAUCUCUUUUGUCACACUUCUGUCAUCACGAACAACACAAGGGCAUGGCCAGCUUCCGCUACAACCAGGCUCCUCACACAAGAACAGACACCGUUGGCCUUAGAAUCUCUAUAGAUUUCCUGACAAAAUAACCCCUUGACAGAAUAAUGACCCUCCUGAGCUAUCUGUAGAUAGCCUACCAUGAAGCCAGAGCAGUCUUCAGCAUCCAGGAGCCAAGGUUUCUACCCAGACGCCCAGAAACCGAAGCAAUCAGAUCUGGCCUUCAUAAAGGAACUUUUUUCUGGGUCAUUUGAAUAACUACAAGUAGACUCCAGCCUUUGGGAUUUAAUAGAGUAGUAAAUUUUCAGAAAAGAUUUCAGUGACCCAUACAAAGCUGCCAAUCUUGUAUUUUUCAAGUAGGGACUGUGGCUGUGAGUUCUGUGAAACUGUAUUUAAUAGUCAUUGCUGUCAUUUGUUAUGGGCUUCCCAGUUGGCGCUAGUGGUGAAGAGCCCGCCUGCCAAUGCGGGAGACUUAAAGACACGCAUUUGACCCCUGGGCUCGCAUUUGACCCCUGGGCUGGGAAGAUCAUCUCCACUACGUGUGAGGCUCUGUGCUUGAUCUCCUUUAAGCAUGUGUGGUUUCGUAUGACUCCGGGAGCAUGUCCCGCAAGAGAAGUAUUGUCUCCAUACGGCAGAUGAAGAAAGAGGGUGGGUAAAUUACCUAAUGCCACACAGCUAAUUGAUGGCAGAGCCCUGGUUUGCAACUCAGGUUUGUCUGAUUCCAAAGCCUGUGUCUUUCCCAUUAUACUGAUUAUCCCAUCUGAACUAUGGGUAUAUUAUUCAGAUAUGAUUUUUAAACAUCUGGUGAGAAAUUAACACUGAGGUUUGUCUUUGUAGAGAGAUUUGGGCGUCCAUGAAGAAUCUUAAGAUUUUUUUUUUCCUUUCUAAUUGACCUACUUCAGUUUAUUCAACGUUUCUCUAAUAGAUGUGAAAAUCCCAUAGAAACUAAAGAGACUUUCUAUGUGGCAUUGUGACAUGAUCUUAUGUAAACAUGUAGACAUACAUUUGGUCUGGGGUAGUGAAGAAUAUAACUUCUUUAAACCUGUUCUGCUCAAAUGUGACUUGAAAUGGGUUGUCACAAAAUAAGGCUUAUGAGUAUUUCAGUGUUCAUUGACCAUUAAUGAUUUGGCUGUAAAAGUGAGUGGCUUCUAGUGGGAAAGACUGUCUCACAGAAUUAAAGUUAUUGACCACAUAAACAGGAAAAAGAACCCUGCCCUACUUCUCUGGCCAGAAAACAGAAGACAAAGGAAUAGAUUGGGAUGGUAUUUGCUGAGAUUAUCAAGGUCUUUUUGGGCUGAAUCUUAUUCCUCUAAAUUCGUAUUUUGAAGCCCUAUCUUCCUCAUACCUCAUAGUGUGACUGUAUUUGGAGAAAGGGCCUUUAGCUUAGCUCGGUAAAGGUUAAGUGAGGUCGCAUGGGUGGGCCCUAAUUCAGUCUGACUAGAGUCUUUAUAAAGAGAGCGAGAGACACCUGGGGAUGCUCAUCUACAGAGGAAAGGCCAUCUGCAAGUCACGGAGAGAGGCUUCCGGAGAAACCAACCCUGCCCGUCUUGGACUUCCAGUCUCCAGAACUCUGACAGCUCAGCGGGUGGGUGCCUGUUCCACCAGCUGCUACAACCAAACAGCCAGGUUCAGAAAUGUCAGAUAUCCUCCAAGAGCUGCUCCGAGUCUCUGAGAAAGCUGCCAACAUUGCCCGGGCGUGCAGGCAGCAGGAAGCCCUCUUCCAGCUGCUAAUAGAAGAAAAGAAAGAGGGAGAAAAGAACAAGAAGUUUGCAGUUGAUUUCAAGACCCUGGCUGAUGUGCUGGUACAGGAAGUUAUCAAAGGGAAUAUGGAGAACAAGUUUCCAGGCUUGGGGGAAAAAAUUUUUGGAGAAGAAUCCAAUGAAUUUACUAAUGAUUUGGGGGAGAAGAUUAUCAUGAGACUGUGUCCAACCGAGGAAGAAACAGUAGCUCUUCUCAGCAAAGUCCUUAAUGGUAACAAACUGGCGUCUGAGGCCUUAGCCAAGGUUGUCCACCAGGAUGUUUCCUUCAGUGACCCAGCCCUGGAGUCAGUAGAGGUCAGCAUUCCACAGGACAUCUUGGGAAUCUGGGUGGAUCCUAUAGAUUCGACUUAUCAGUAUAUAAAAGGUUCUGCUGACAUUAAACCGAACCAAGGAAUCUUCCCCAGCGGACUUCAGUGCGUCACGAUUUUAAUUGGUGUCUAUGACACACGGACAGGGGUGCCUCUCAUGGGAGUCAUCAACCAGCCUUUUGUGUCACAAGACCUAAACACCCUCAGGUGGAAAGGACAGUGCUACUGGGGCCUUUCUUACUUGGGGACCAACAUCCAUUCCCUUCUGCCUCCCGUGUCUACAAGAAGCAACAGAGAAACGCAGAGCCACGUGACCCAGAAGCCCAGCUCCGGAGGCUCCCACCCGUUCUCGGCUGUCGUCAGCACCAGUGAAAAGGAGGCCAUCAAGGGCGCGUUGUCACGCGUGUGUGGGGAGCGCGUCUUCCGGGCGGCUGGGGCCGGCUACAAGAGCCUCUGUGUGGUGCUCGGCCUCGUCGACGUUUACAUCUUCUCAGAAGACACCACGUUCAAGUGGGACUCCUGUGCUGCCCACGCCAUCCUCAGGGCCAUGGGCGGGGGGAUGGUGGACUUAAAGGAAUGCCUGGAAAGAAAGCCUGACGCGGGGCUUGACUUGCCACAGUUGGUGUAUCACGUGGGAAACGAAGGCGCCGCUGGAGUGGACCAGUGGGCCAACAAGGGAGGACUCAUCGCCUACAGAUCCGAGAAGCAGCUGGAGGCGUUCUUGAGCCGCCUCCUCCAGCACCUGGCCCCUGUGGCGACACAUACGUAGAUGAGCUCUGUCCUCCUGGGCUCCGCAACCCAACUGUGAACCUAGUUUCCGCAUCUCUGUCUCUUGAAGACGGCUUUGUCCUAUUGACAGUCAACAUUCACCUUCCUCUUUGGGGGAGCAUUUUUCCAUUAUGUGUUCAUAAUGUUAAUAAAUGAAUGAUAUUCAUGCAGCAGUUAAA